ACAGUGAUAUACAGCUGCUUAGGUAUUGCAUAGCUUGGUUAGUAAGACAUCAGAAUUCUAUUACAGCUCUUGUACUGUCACUCACCUGUUUAUUUAGCUCGCCGUUUUGAUUUCAGAGAGAACUGUAGUGUAGUGUAAGCUAUACCUCAGUGCGAGAAAACUUUUAGGGGAGGGAGUUUGAGUGCCGCGGCCAAAGUUUGCCAGAGAUCUGAGCGCACACAUGGCUGCACUGAUUAGCGCGUAUUCCUCCUGGCCGGAGAGCUUUGAGUGCUCUGCGGGUGACGGGGACAUAAACGACGGACACACCUCCCACAGAACACCAGCGGACAAGACAUCGGAACCGCGCAUUAGGAGACCUAUGAACGCUUUCAUGGUAUGGGCCAAAGAUGAACGCAAGCGUCUCGCAGUCCAAAAUCCGGACCUACAUAAUGCGGAGCUAAGCAAGAUGUUGGGCAAAUCGUGGAAGGCCCUGACCCCGCUCCAGAAACGGCCGUACGUCGAGGAAGCAGAACGGUUGCGGGUGCAGCACAUGCAGGACUACCCCAACUACAAGUACCGCCCACGGAGAAAGAAGCAGUUGAAACGCAUAUGUAAAAGAGUGGACCCUGGAUUCCUCUUGGGCGGACUUGCCCCCGACCAGAACGCGCUUCCGGACCCUCGUGGCUGCUGUCACCCCCUGGACAAAGAUGGCGAGGGCAACGUCGGCGGCGGCGGCGUCGGGUUCUCUUCCUCCAACCCCACCCUGCCGGGCGUGAGGGUUUUCAGAGAUCCGGCGAGCUCCAACAGCAACUUUGACACGUAUCCCUACGGCCUGCCCACCCCUCCCGAGAUGUCCCCCUUGGACGCGGUGGACCACGAGCACUCGUCAUACUACUCCUCUUCCUCCUCCGUAACCGGCAGCGCCUGCUCUUCCUCGGGCUCCUGUCCGGAGGAGAGACGUCCCAAUCCUGCUCACAUGAGCAGCUCGUCCAGCUAUCACCCCGACUUCUCCCAGCAGGCCCAUGUCCACUGUGGAAACUCUCACCUGGGACAUGUCCCCAUGACCCAUCAGGGCAGCGGGUCCUCCCUGAUACAGGCACCGCCGCUCUCUUAUUACGGCACUUCAUUCUCCCAGGUCCAGGUCCACCACGGGCUCCAGGGUCACCUGGGCCAGCUCUCUCCGCCUCCGGAACAGGGCCACCUGGAGAACCUGGACCAGCUGAGCCAGGCCGAGCUUUUGGGCGAGGUAGACCGCGAUGAAUUCGAUCAGUAUCUGAACUCCACUGGCUACCACCCCGAGCAGGGAGGAAUGACUGUAACGGGGCACAUUCAGGUGACACCCGCCUCCACCUGCGCCAGCAGCGUCACGGAAACGAGCCUCAUUUCAGUGCUAGCAGAUGCCACGGCAGCCUACUACAACAACUAUGGAAUCUCCUAAGAAACAAGAGCAAAAGCAACCAUAGAGAUGGAAAGAGACUUCACGGACUUCAAAAGGGUCAGCAAUAGGAAUGGGUAGAGGCAGCAAACAACGGAAGGAAAGAGAGAGAGAGAGAGAGAGAGAGAGAGAGAGAGAGAACG